UAAAUCCGUCAUGUGACUACACGAAAAAUACAAAAUCAACUCAUAACAAACCACUGAAAUGAAUACAAACCGAGCAGUUUAAAUCUCAAACCCAACCGGUUCUACAAAUGGAAGCAAAAUCUGAACUAUCAGCGACAUCGUUGACGAAGUUAAUAUCGUUCCUGUUGUGGACCGGGUUAUACCUACAUUUGGCGGUGGACUCGAAGCGCAGUCCGGAGUGGUGCUCGCGAGCGGUCACCUUGCUUCACGGCUCCGUGGCCGCCUGCGUUGGCCUAGCACAGUGCAAUGUCAACCAACUGACGCGAUGCUCUCUAACGAUGAAACUAUCUUGGUGGCAAUAUGCUCUCAUGUUCUGGUCGUGGGGCUACUUCGCAUUCGACUUCCUCUGGUGCUUGCUGUACUGGAGCAAGAGUUACACUAUGCUUUGCCAUCACCUGUGCUCGAUCAUCGCCAUAAAUAUGUACCUUAGUAUGGAGAACACUGGGUGUACAUUUGCUUGCACCAUCGCAUUGUUAGAGGUCACAAAUCCCCUUUUACAAACAAGAUGGUUUCUUCGUGAUGGGGGAUAUAAUGAAUCUUUCUUGUAUUACAUGGUGGAAAUAACCUACCUUGUGUUAUUCCUAUUGCUCCGAGGAUGCAUUGGCACUUAUCUGGUGUACAAAAUAUUGCUCUCCGACGUUUUUGGAAUACCCGAAAAAGUGAUAACUGUGUCACUAUACUUAGUAUCUCUAGCCUUCAUAUAUGAAAUCAUGGGAUAUGUAAUGUACAAAUAUAGCAACAGAAUUGAUGAAUUUAAAAGUAUAGGAGGAAAUGAAAUGGGAACUAAAUUAUCGGAACAGCAAGAAGCCUAG